AAGAAGCACAGAGACAUAGCCGCUGGUGACGUCCAGCGAGGUAUCCCACUGGCGGGCGAAGGGCAGGAGAGAGCCAAGGGAGGGGAAGAAUAAACAGGAAUGCAAAGCUGCCUCACUCGCUCGUUGGCACGUUGCAGCCGCCUGCGAUCCCCAGGGGUUUAAGAACCGCCCUUCAGAGGCGGCCCUCCGUGCUAGCCUGGGACUUCCCAGUGGAGAGAGGGACCCAGCCACACUGCUCCCGAGGUCCCUUCCUGAAGACGCAACUGAGAACGUCAAUGUACUCGGAGAUCCAGAGGGAGCGGGCAGACAUCGGGGGCCUGAUGGCCCGGCCCGAGUACAGAGAGUGGAACCCAGAGCUCAUCAAGCCCAAGAAGCUGCUGAACCCUGUGAAGGCAUCCCGGAGCCACCAGGAGCUGCACCGAGAGCUGCUCAUGAACCACAGAAGGGGCCUGGGCGUGGACAGCAAGCCAGAGCUGCAGCGAGUCCUGGAGCACCGCAGGCGGAACCAGCUCAUCAAGAAGAAGAAGGAAGAGCUAGAAGCCAAGCGGCUGCAGUGCCCCUUUGAGCAGGAGUUGCUGAGACGGCAGCAGAGGCUGAAUCAGCUGGAAAAACCACCAGAAAAGGAAGAGGAACACGCCCCCGAAUUUAUCAAAGUCAGGGAAAACCUGCGGAGAAUCACCACGCUGACCAGUGAAGAGAGAGCGCUGUAGAGCAGGCUGUUGAAACUCCAGCCUGCGCCGCCCACCCCUGGCCCCCACACCCUCCUCCAGCCCUUCUGUAUCUAGCAUUCCUGGCCCCAAGCCUGGGGACUUCUGCGAUGUUCAUGCUUGCUCUUGUAAAAAUGCCCCAGAGGGCCUGGGCCCUCCUUCCCGCCCACCAAAAGCUGGGACCCAAGCUUUUCCUUCUCAGCACUCACUGCUUCUGCUCCAAGAGGAAGCUACUGCGGGGGAAACUUUCCCAAGGCACUUCUCCUUGAAGGGGCUUCUGAGCUCUGGGGAGAUCUUUCUGGCAGAAUUGAAUAAGGAGAGACAGGCACCUCUUUGGCCUGACCAGCCCUCCAUUUUGCCCAGGCCCCAUGGGGCCCUGCUUCUCUGGGCAGCCCAGCUCCCAGGUCUCAGAAAACGUCCUUGACUGGGGUUUUACCUGCAGCCAGGUGUGGGGCAGCUAAGUAGAGCAUCUCAGAACACCUGCCUUGAAAGCCAGCUGAGGGGAAUAUGGUUCAAGGGUAGCUGUCCUCGGUGAUGAAGGGCAGGGUAGCCCACAAGGUGGCCUUGGGGGUCAUGUGAUGCCAGGUUGCAAGAGUACUAACCAGGACAGCUUCUUAGAGUUUGCCAGCUUCCCCCACACCCAUGCUUUUUUUUCUCCUCUCCGCAGCCUCCCUGCCUGGGCCUUGUAACCACAUCUAACCAGGGCUGCAGCCUUCCUGCUCCCAGAAAUCUAGAACAGUGCUUCUCAAACUUUAUUGUGCCUACAAAUCACUGGGGAUCUUGUUACAAUAUGGCUUCCGACUCAGUAGAUAUGGGGUGGGGGCUGGGACUCUGCAUGUCUCACAAGCUCCUAGGCUGCUGGUCUGACCCCUAGGCUGCAGGUCGAGCAGCCAGGGGCUGGUAAAUACUGGAAACAUCAUCCCUGAAGCCACCUCUGCCCCCCCAAUUGCCAUGAACCUUUGCCCUGGGGGUUCCCUACCCUGACUGUGGAGCCCCAAGGGCUCCUUAUUGCCCACCCCAUUCCAGGGACCCCAGGCCUGGGAAGACAUUUGCCUAGCAAAAUGUGUCAGUUAUAUAACUGUCGUUGUCACUGGAGAUGUAUAUAAUUGCCAAUCUGCAUUUUCUUACCACGUUGUUUUGAUGUAAUUCUGGCCAAAAAAAAAAAAAAAGAUUGUUUCUGUUUUACCUUUUCCUGAAGCCUAUGGAGAGCAAAUAUACAGUGAUUUCCAGUGGGCUUCUGGAAAUCCAAACCGUGGUUUGAAGACCCCACUGCUACCCUUACAGACUGGCUCCUUUGAGUCCCCAUUUCCAGCCUCUGCGCCCACUCUCUACGUGGUCUCUACCACCCAAACCGGCCUCAGUGAACUCACCCGUUCUUCCUAAAAACUCCUCCCCAUACGAGACCAAAUGUUUUAACCUUUUGCCUCUAUCCCAUUCUGAAAGAUUUAUAGAAUAAACCAGCCCUGCUUUUCCCUGC